CUAUUGAUAAGUUAUUGAGAACAAUUGUUAUAUCUCGUUUGAAGGUGGCAUUGUUUGAUUGAAACUUGUGUAACGUAGAUACAUUAGUUGACUUUAUGUUACUAAACAGCGUUUAGUUUAUAAUUUAUAAUCUUGAAAAAAUAUAAUAAUUUAUUUAGCAUGAUUAAAAGACUGUGCUAAGUUAUUAUUAUUGAUAAAUAUUCUGGGAAUGAAAGGAGCUUCAAUUUUGCAAGAUCCUUCGUCGUUCUCACAGCCAGAUGAAAGUGUUAUCAAGCAUAUGUCUUUGUAUUUUAAUGUGGAUUUUGACAAAAACAUUUUGAAAGGUGAAGCCAUAUUGCAUUUCAAUGCGUUAAAAGAAACUCGGGAAGUGGUACUGGACAGUAGCGCACUAGACAUCGAUUCAGUAGAGUUAGAAGAUGGCACUAAAUUGCUGUUUGGCUUAAGCAAUCAUAUACCGAACUACGGAUCUAAGUUGAAUAUUACAUUACCUAAAGAAGUUGAGCCUAACGAAAUGUUUAAAAUUAAAAUAAAAUACGCGACAUCUCCAAAAGCUUCGGCACUUCAUUGGCUACAUCCCAAUCAAACGUCGGGCAAGAUGUAUCCUUAUCUCUUCAGCCAGUGUGGGCCAAUACAUGCUCGUUCAGUUGUGCCAUGUCAAGAUACACCGACAGUGAAGUUCACAUAUGAUGCGGAAGUUACUGCUCCUGCAGGAUUCACGGUGCUCAUGAGUGCCUUGCGUGGUGAAGACAAAGGCAACAUAACAUCCUUCAGGCAGCCAAUACCGAUACUAUCGUAUUUGUUGGCUAUUGCUGUAGGCGUGUUGGAGUAUAGAACUCUAGGGCCUAGAUCCAAGGUUUGGUCAGAAAGUGAAAACAUAGAACAGAGCGCUUGGGAGUUUGCCUACAUAGAAAAUUACUUGCAGGCUGCAGAACGGUUUUGCGGGCCAUAUGAAUGGACUCAAUAUGACCUGUUGGUUCUACCAUCGUCAUUCCCUUACGGUGGAAUGGAAAACCCGUGUCUUACUUUCGUCACGCCAUCAUUGUUGUCUGGAGAUAAAAGUCAAGCAGAUGUGAUUGUUCACGAGAUCAUGCACAGCUGGACAGGUAACCUAGUUUCGAUCGCGUCCUUCGAGCAUUUUUGGUUGAAAGAGGGAUUUACAGUGUUCCUUGAAAGAAAGGUUGACUCCUCGCUUAUUUCUGAUUCUGAAGAGGCUAAACGUAGCAGGGACUUUCAUAGUUUUCUUGGCUUGAAGGAGUUAAACGAAACAGUAAAUGAUGUGUUGGGGGCAUCCAAUCCACUUACUCGACUGGUUUUCGAUUUGCAUCAUGCGCAUCCUGACGACGCCAUCACUCGUGUUCCUUAUGAGAAAGGAUCCUUAUUUCUUAGAUAUCUGGAGGAUUUGCUCGGUGGACCUAACGUGUUCGACAAUUUUGUGCGUUCAUACAUAAAUAAAUUUAGAAACAAAUCGUUAAAUACGAAUCAGUUUAAGGAAUAUUUGCUGAACUAUUUUAAUUAUGACAAACGAUUGGAAAACGUCGAUUGGAAUACAUGGCUAUACUCCAGUGGUAUGCCUCCCGUGAUACCUCAAUACGACAUGACUAUGGCGACAGCUGUCGAUUUGCUUUUGGAAACAAUUUUACAAGGCAAUGCGAGUUUCAGUGCUGCCGACGUGCAGAACUUGACAGUACAUCAACGGAUACAUUUGCUACAGGAGCUAAUAGAGCGACCAGCUUUACCACUCGGACUAUUGCGCACUCUGGGCGACGAAUACGGGUUCAGUAACAGUAACAAUGCGGAGAUCCUUUACAGAUGGCUUCGAUUAUGUAUCAGGAGCAAAGACAAAGACAGGCUGACCGAUAUUUUCAAUUUUGUGAAUCAUCAGGGAAGAAUGAAAUUCGUGCGACCUAUCUACCGCGAUCUAUAUGCGUGGGAAGAAGUGCGACAAAGUGCCAUUGUAAAUUUUCUCAAGAAUGAGCCUCUUAUGAUGCACGUAUCAGCAUAUACGAUUCGGAAGGAUCUGCAUCUCGACAACUUGUAGGAUUUAUUAAGAUAGUCUAUCUAGGUUUAUUUUAUGUUAAUUCGCUUAGUAAUAAGAGGGCGUUGUAAUAAAACUAUAUAAAAAAUCGCUAAAUUUAAUGACCCGUAUCUUUAUUUCCUUGAUAACUAUAGGGAUUAAGGAACCUAUGCUUAUAGCGUUUUAAGGUCAAAAAUGGGAAGGCAUUUUACUUAAAAAUUAUGUAGUAGA